GAAAAGAAUCCUGGAAUGGAAGUUCUGUUUGGAACGUUUUUUCAAAUCAGCGAGACGCGUGUCAAACGCAUAGGUCGGCAACUGGAAGUGUGUGGAACGCAUAGUGUUGCGAAUCACGACUAGAGGGUAUCACUGUGACGUAAUUAGAAGGCGCCGAGUAGUCCGAAACACCACGUGGGGCUGGAGGAGGCGGUGGGGAGAACAUGGCUACCCAAGAUGCUGCGGUACUUUUGGCCCAGAGACUAGCUGGAAACGAUAAGAAAACUCGGGAUCGGGCUCUUCGGAAACUGCGGAACUACCUGAGAGUGAGGAGCGCGUGUGAAACUGGAGGAUUCACAGAAGAAGAAUUUAUUAAGAUCUGGAAGGGGCUGUUCUACUGUAUGUGGAUGCAGGACAAACCAUUACUGCAGGAGGCUCUGGCGCAUUCCAUGUCCCAGCUGGUUCACACGCUGCACACAAAGCAAUCACAGAACAUUUUUCUGCGCACAUUUUGGCAGACGCUGAACCGAGAAUGGAACGGGAUUGAUCGGCUGCGGCUGGACAAAUUCUAUACGUUAAUGCGUUUGGUCUUACGGGAGUCUGUGGAUCUUCUGAAGAAAGCUGAAUGGGAGGAGAGCUGUGUGCAGGAGUUCCUGGUGUUGCUGGAUGAAGAGAUACUGCGGGGUUCAACUCUGGGGGUGCAGCUCCAUGUCAUAGACAUUUACCUGGAGGAGGUGGCAAAAGUAGGAUCAGCAGAGCUCACGGCAGAAAUGAACCUCAAGCUUAUUGAGCCUUUCUGCAAGAUUGUUGCCAAAUGCAAGAAUUCCUCCUUCCUGCAGGCUGUCACCUCGGGGAUAUUCCAGACUAUAUUGGAACAGGCUCCCUUCGCUAUCGAAGAUUUAAUGAAAGAAGUUGGUUCCAACCCAGAGGGCAAGGGGAGCACAAAGGAUGGAGGUUCCGCAGGGGAGGAGUCAGAAGAGGAACAAUCCGAAGAAAAGGAGUCUCCAGAAGAGGACAAUGAGGACAUUGGACCAGUACUGCAGUUUGAUUACCAGGCAGUGGCAGACAGACUCUUCGCUCUAGGAAGCAGAAAGAACACGCCCACUCGAAACCGAAAAGCCGCCUAUGCCCUGGUGAAAAAGUUUCGGGACUUGGCUGAAGGAAUCUUCCCAAGCGAUGACUUCCCAGAGGAGGUUUCCACAGAUGAGGAUGAUGAUGAUUUCAGCAGUUGGCUGUUCCGCAGGAGGAUGAAGAGAGCACAAGAGAAUGGGACUUAUGGAAUGGUGUCCCAGGUCUCCAGUCGUAAUGCAGUAAAGAAAGAGAAACAGGAAAAACGGAAGAGAACGGACGUAGCCCUGGACGAUUCCAGUAUUAAAAAUGGUCCCCCGGCAGCAAAAAAGAAACGUAAGAGGAAGAAGACAGAUAGGAACAACAACACUGAAAGUGGAGGAGAAGCACUCAAACCUUCCCAAAAUGGUGUGACCAAAAGCUGCUCUCCAGAAAAUCAGACUGAACAGCCUGUGUCUCCCGAUCCUGCCCAGGCCCCUUCAUCAGACUCUACACCGUCCCUCCAAAAGAAAUCCCCUGGAAAGAAGAGAAGGGCUGGGCUGAUCCGAAGGAGCCUCUGUAUUCUGCCCCUGACUGGGUCUUUACUAAGAAGGAGGCAACUUCGGCUGCACAGGAACAAGUGCAAGAUUUCCCAGCAGGCAGUGAGAUCCAGUACUCCAGAAACAGAGGAGACUCCUGUUACCCCGCAGAAGGAAGUGACGCAGACUCCCCAGAACUUCAUGUCUUUCCAGAAGGCAAACUCCCCGAAACCUGUAUAUGUGAAGCCGACAAAGGCCAGAGGCAGGCAGAUUCCCACAAAGAUGGGCAGCAAAUCCAAGAAAGUCACCUUCAGCCUGAACAAGAACAUGACCACCGAGUUCAAGAGGACGGACCGCAGUCUUCUGGUCAGUCCCACCGGUUCCUCCCGAGUGCCGUUCAACCCAGAGCAGAGACCUGAGCACGGUGUCCUGAAAACCCCCACAAGAAGUCCUGUCCCCCGGGCCCGUGCAGCAGACUUUUUCUAAACUUGCCCCGGCUCCAUUCACACAGUGACCGGUGCAGCAAUGAUGGUGGUGCCUUGUGGUUCUGAACCAAUUCACCAGCACAAGCCGUAGAAACCGGAAUAUUCUGUCCCUCCCACCAGGGGCCCGAAGAGGCAAAGCUGCUCGAUUGUUCAGUUGUUUCUCGGCCUCUCGUUAAAUCUGACUUGUUUUUCAUAAGCCAAGGGAAGGGGGUCGUUGGAUGCACAAUGGAUGGAGAGAUUUAUAUUUUUAUUCAAUCGUUGACAAGUGGUUAAAUGUGUUGAGGAGAGGGGAUGUGCCUGUCUUAUAAAAUCUAUACAAAAAAAAUCUAUUUUUUUUUCCCUUAUUGUGUCCUUUCCUUCGGUGCAAAUGUCUUUUCUCUGACUUUAGGACGGUUUCAAAAGUCCUCAAGCGCCUCCCCUUUGUCAUUUAUUCUAUAAAGAACAAGCUGAAGCCAGGACCCCAAUUGGAGGGUGAGGAUCUCUGCAGCACUAGCCCAACCUGUAGCCAAUCAGAAGGCUAGAACUGUUGUGACUUUAGUGCAACCUGCAGCUGAUUAUAGUGUUAACAAUUGCAACUCUCGGGCAGCAUGUGGCUAGUCAGGAGCUGAAACAAAGUGAGACUCUCCUGUAACCAGCUGAAGGGUUCGAUCCAUUACAGACUAACACAAUCACUGCCCAUAUAUUCCACAUCAGUCUUGCUGGGGUUUCUAUAAAGGCCAUUCCUUAAAGGGCAUGUAAAGGCAAAAUAAAAUCUAUUUUUACUUUAAUGAAAAAGAAACCUAUCUCCAAUAUACUUUAAUUAAAAAAUAUGUACCGUUUUUAUAAGAAACCUGA